UAUCAUAUAACAAGCACAUCCCACAAACACUUCUUACAAUAUAUAUGCUAAGAGCAUCUCUUUUGAAAAUGACAAUCCAAAAUAACAUUCGACAUUGAAGAUGCUGGAUUACUGGAAUUUUGUAAUAAAGUUUCGUUGGGUUACAAGAGUAAAUGAUAAAGCUUUCAACGAUAUUUGCUUAUACUAUAAAUUUUGAUAGCCAUGCUUAAAAACUAUAGACCACAGUUGCGAUUGAUCUUUGAUCAGCUUGGCAGACAUCGAAGAAAUUUACCUGAUUUGAGCAGCCAAAAGACGUGUGAUGACUAUAUGAGGUCUUUAUGCAAACAGAACCUUCACCGAGAAGCUCUUGAAGUAUUUGAAUUGUUGGAAGAUAAUACGGAUUUUAGAAUAACUCCCAGCACUUACGCCCAUUUAAUUUGUGCUUGCUCGUCUUUACGAUCUCUUGGACAUGGUAAGAGGAUUCACGAGCAUAUUUUGAUGUCGAAAUGUCAUGUGGACCUUAUUCUCCAGAAUCAUAUCCUCAAUAUGUAUGGAAAAUGCGGGUCACUGAAAGAUGCCAUAGAGGUUUUCGACGCAAUGCCUCAACGAAAUGUGGUUUCUUGGACUUCGAUGAUUUCUGGGUACUCACAAAACGGACGAGAUGAUGAUGCCAUCAAAUUGUAUUUUCAAAUGCUACGAUCUGGUCAUAGGCCAGAUCAAUUCACAUUUGGAAGUAUAAUUAAAGCUUGCUCGGGUAUGGAUGAUGCAUGUUUGGGGAGUCAACUACAUUCCCAUAUCAUUAAAUCUCAAAGUGGCUACCACCUUAUUCCACAAAAUGCCCUUAUUGCUAUGUAUACGAAGUUUGGUCAAAUUAAAGAUGCAUAUAAGGUUUUUUCAUAUAUACGAUCGAAAGAUUUAAUAUCUUGGGGUUCAAUGAUUGCAGGGUUUUCCCAACUUGGUUACGAGUUAGAAGCAUUGCAUCAUUUUAAGGAGAUACUAUGUCAGGAUGCUUACCAGCCGAAUGAGUUCAUAUUUGGCAGUGUUUUCAGUGCUUGUAGCUGCCUCCUUCAACCAGAAUAUGGAAAACAGAUGCAUGGGAUCUGUAUAAAAUUUGGGUUAGGGAGAAAUAUUUUUGCUGGAUGCUCCCUGUGCGACAUGUAUGGGAAAUGUGGGUUAUUAGAGUCUGCAAAAAGAGUAUUUUAUAAUAUAGAUAGGCCGGAUUUGGUGUCUUGGAAUGCAAUUAUUUCAGGUUGUGCUAAUAGUGGAGAUGUCAACGAAGCAAUAUCAUUCUUUACUCAAGCGAGGGGUAUGGGGCUUGUGCCUAAUGAUGUAACUCUGCUUUCCUUACUUUCUGCUUGCACAAGUCCUUUGGCAGUCCAUCAAGGUAGGCAAGUUCAUUCCUAUCUUAUUAAGAUGGGGUUUGACUUAAAUAUUCCUGUCUGCAACACUUUACUAAGCAUGUAUGCAAAGUGUUCAGUUCUCUUUGAUGCCUUUAAAGUAUUUGAAGAUAUAAGAAAUGCUGCUGAUUCUGUUUCUUGGAAUGCCAUUAUGUCAGCAUGCAUGCAGCACAACCAGCCUGGAGAUGUUUUCAGACUAAUGAAGCUAAUGCUUAUUUCUACAAUUAAACCUGAUCAUGUCACUUUAAGUAAUGCAGUUGCAGCCUGUGCUGAAAUAGCAUCUGAAGAGGUGGGGAAUCAAGUUCAUUGCUUUUCUGUGAAAAGUGGGCUUGUGUCCAAUGUUUCGGUGAUCAAUAGCUUGAUUGACAUGUAUACAAAGUGUGGAUCCCUUGAAAAUGCUCAAAAGCUCUUUGAUUUAAUGGAAAAUCCUGAUGUAGUCUCAUGGAGUAGUUUAAUUAUGGGUUAUGCUCAGUUUGGAUAUGGAGAGAAAGCUAUUCAACUCUUCAUAAUGAUGAGGGGUUUGGGUGUAAAGCCAAAUGAAGUUACAUUUGUAGGGGUCCUUACUGCUUGCAGUCAUAUUGGAAUGAUUGAAGAAGGGUGGCAAAUCUAUAGAACAAUGGAAAACAAAUAUGGGAUUGUACCAACAAAAGAGCAUUGUUCUUGUAUGGUUGACUUGCUAGCCCGUGCAGGAUUCUUAAACGAAGCAGAGGAUUUUAUCCAGCAAAUGGAAUUUGAUCCUGAUAUUGUGGUAUGGAAGACUCUGCUUGCAGCCUGUAAGACUCAUGGGAAUGUUGAGUUAGCAAAACAGGCUGCGGAGAAUAUAAUAAAAAUUGAUCCUUUCAAUUCUGCCGCUCAUGUAUUGCUCUGCAGCAUAUAUGCUUCUUCUGGUUGUUGGGGAGAUGUAGCCAGAUUGAGAAACUUUAUGAAAGAAAGGGGUGUUAUGAAAGUUCCUGGUCAGAGCUGGAUUGAAGUUAAGGGAAAUUUCCAUGUGUUUUUGGCAGAGGAUACUCUGCAUCCUGAAAGAGGCAAAAUAUAUGAAAUGCUAGAGGAAUUAUGGUUACAGACGUUGGAUGAUGGUUGUGAUCUAUUUCAGGCGUAGGCUUUAAGUAAAAAGUAGAAGUUAUGUGUCUGUUCAAAAACAUGCAUUAUGAUGCCUGGGUCAUACAGAAAAUUGUAGCUUGAACGGAUUUUCCAUAAAUCAAUCUUGGUAAAGUGAUAUGGGCCUUGCACUUGUUCCAUAGUACAUUAUGGCCUAAUGCGAAUUCGGCAGCCUGAAUGUAGAUAAGAAAUUAGGAAACUCCUUUUUUAUGUUAUUUUGUUCACUUCUCUAUAGAUAUCAUGAUCAUAUGACUUGUGCUAUAUUUCCUUCACAGGUGAGGCUGUUGGAGUAAGAGUAGGCAUACUGGUUGAAUUUGAGUUUGCAGAAGUUAGACAAAUGAUUUCACUGCAAGUCAGGAAGCAGGUUUUAUCAAAUUUUUUCAACCAUAAUUUUAUCGUUCUUAUUAAUUUCUUACUCUGGGGCAAGCUGCAACGGCAGCAGGAACCAAAAAGCUCUACGAGUCUAGUUUUCAUCUGCUUUCCAGUUCGCCCAUUACAGCAGACUGAUAUGGUCCUGGCCAAGGAAUUUUGGGAUUUGUAUACGGAAAAAAGUUUCAAGAUGGACCUUUUUGUUGGUCAAAAUUUGAUUUUGGAUUCCAACUUUUAUUAUCUUUAUGUUGAGGUGGCUUCUUUAUGUCGAUUCUCCUUUUCUCUAAGCACAACACAGACAUACAAACACAAAGGCCACCAGUAUUGAUCUGCGGUCAAAGGUUUUACUGCCAUCUAAGUUGUGCUGAAACACAUCACUGUUUCUUUCAAUUUAUUGUUGCUGCAACCAAGCAGAGUAUCACACUAAUGGCUGCGAGAACCGCAGCUGUUUAUUGAUAAAUCUGUUCUUUGCAUCUGAUUGCUUAUAAAAACUUCCAUUUUCAUGAUUCAUGACCAUUGUAUAUGACCAAUGAGCACUAUGGUGUUGUUCAACAUAACAAGACAUCAUCAGUCUUCAAUGAAAAAUUCUGGUAGAGACUUGGGCCGAACUUCAUCUACCACUGUUUGUGCAGGUGCUUCACUCUAGGCGGAACGCUUAUUUACCGAUGCAUUUUUACAUUUCACAGCUUCGGCAGAUCGCUUAACAAAAGAAUGUUCAAUUAUUUUUACUAUUAUUAUUAUUAUUAUUUUUGUUUUUUUUGGUGAAAACAAAGGAGAAGAUCAAUUCCAUAAAUAAUAAAAAUCAGUGAAGGGAAAUUCACUGAAAUUGAAUAAAUCGUCAAUAUUGUACCAAGAAUGUGUUUAGAUUACCACUGAAUUAGUAUAGUUAUCUUAUAUGCCAUUCUCCUCAAUGAAUGACAUUGAGGAUUAUAUGAAUAGACCACAAGCUUAUAUAAGCUAUAAACUUUGUCUGCCUUUGUUGAGGUUUCAGACUUCGAUAAAUUUUUACUACAACAUCCAACCAUCUUCCUAACCAACUCUUCGGCAGAAGCUAUUUAGAUAAAUCAGCAUCACUAGACCAUUAGUAUUCAAAAUUUACCCGUAAUAAAAGUAGUACUGUAGUAUAAGGCCUGGAGGACUUAAAUUAAUAUCUAAAUUAACAUGUAGCCAAUGGCCAAAAAAAUGUUAAAUACCAUCUGAUUUGUAAACACCUUCAGGGGGCGGGAAUGUGCCAUUGGUGCAAUCUAGUUUUACUCGAGGAAGCCGAGUCAAUUUUGAGAUUACCAGUUGGUAGUCUUGACAAAGAGGAUAUAUUGUGUUGGCAUUAUACCAACUCUGGAGUUUAUUCUGUCGACUCAGGCUACUGGGUUGCUCGUAUGACGGGUGGGGGAGCUCUUAGAGGAGGUUCGAGUGCAGGAACAGAGCAAAACUGAUGGUGUGCAAUCUGGCACUUAUAGGUGCCCAACAAGCGAGGAGAAGAAUCAAUUUUCCAGGUUUUAUGGAGCUGCUUCAUUGUUAAGGGCGUUUGACAAAGUGUUAUUUUUUUGGUUGAGUUGUGGAAACUACAGUUCUACUCUUUCCAGGACUUAUUUCGGGCUGUAGCAAGCAGGUUGACAAGUUUUCAACCGGAAAGAUUUGUGUAUCUUUGUUGGGGUCUUUGGAACAGAUGCAAUGAAUGUAUCUAUGGUGAGUUUGCCAAGUCUGGUGCGCAGUUAUGUGACAGUAUUGCUGGUUUACGUAUAGAUUAUAAUGCAGCUAUACUGU